AUGACUCUUCGGUAUGACCCUGAGUUUUGGUCCGUCCUGGAGCCGCUGGUUCCUACACUUUCUAAGCGAGAACCUCUUUGCCUUGAUAAUAUCGAGGCUGGAAGGGAGGCACGAGAAUCUGGCAUGAGAGCAUUAUUUGAAAGGUUGGAUAUCUGCCCAGACGUGGAUCAAAAGUCUUAUAAAGUCGAAUCUUCCGAUGGUUACAUCAUGUCCGUUCUUGCUCUAACGCCAGGCGUUGCUCGAGCGGAUCCCGGACCAUGUCUACUUCACUUCCAUGGAGGAGGAAUGAUCCUAGGAUCAGCCGAGAUUCAAGCAAAACCGCUAUCACAAUUGGUCGCCAUGACAGCAGUACCUUUGUUCAGCGUUAAUUAUCGGCUGGCCCCAGAGUUUAAGGGAACUACCCCUGUCCAAGACGGCUAUGCAGCUCUGCUCUGGCUACAUAGCAAAGCAGAGGAAUUCAAUAUCAACCCGGGCAGAAUCGGUGUGAUCGGUGAGAGCGCAGGCGGUGGUAUUGCGGCUGGUGUUGCGCUCAUGGCUCGAGACAAACGAUUGAGUCCGGGGCUAGCGAAACAGAUCCUAAUCUAUCCGAUGAUCGAUGACUGCAAUAUAAUUCCCAACAACGCGAUAGAGCCUCUUGCAUUUUGGAAGACUACGGAUAACGCCACGGCUUGGGCUGCGCUUCUAGGUGAUGAAGCAGGGAAACGCGAAUCAGCUUGCAUCUCCUAUUAUUCUGCGCCUGCUCGGGCACCAAGUCUGGCUGGCCUUCCACCAACAUACAUCGAUGUUGGAGGCCUUGAUAUCUUCCUGGAAGAGAAUAUCAAAUACGCUACAAAACUACUGGCCGAGAAUGUCCCUACCGAGCUACAUGUGUAUCCAGGCUUGCCUCAUGGCUUCGAGAUGAUCGCACCUAACACCACCGCGGCAAAAAAGGCCAACGAGAAUCGUUAUAGAGCUAUACUGGGCAUUUGA